CAUUGGUCUUUUUUCCGUUUUACCUGAUAGAUUGCAUGCAGAUCACCCAGACAACAUCCUCUUGCCUGUAUUAAUCUCUAUACUUGCGCAGUAGUGAUCAAAAAUCAUGAUAGCAUCCAGCAGCAGUAGUUCUGGUUUGUUGCUUCGGCGCGCUCCUGCAAGACAUCAGGGCGUCAUGGAGAGACUUCGGUUUCUUGACAGUUCUUCAGAACUGCCAGGCUACGCAGGAAGACUGAAGUCCCAGAACUGCAGUCCCCGCGUCCGCGAGUCGCUUGCCUUGCCCACGACCUUCGGGUCUCUCGUUGGUGAAGAGCGUAAUGAUCUGGUAACGCGCGUCACGUCCAAAAUUCGAGAAAUGUUGUUUUUGCCCCCUUCGUCAGGUGACAGUACUAGUACAGAGAAUCACGCUUAUGGGGCGUUGACCACAGUCAACAAAGCAAGUUCUUGUACCUCCGUAAUCAGAAGGAACACGACAGCGUCCUCGUCUUCUACGAAUUAUCUCCCGACUACCGCAUUGUCCCCUUCUACGUCAUCUUCACCAAUGGAGCAAGAACAGCGUGGCCUGUCAACCUCCUCAAGCACUGUCGACCACUAUCCGCUGUCGUGGUCGCCUUCUUCGGUGUUUGCGUCGAGUUCUUCCCGUGGUUUGAUUCCUGCAGCAAGAGCGUUUCUCGAGAGAAACUUAGUAGCGACAAGAUCCACAUCGCCAAUGUGGUGCCCACCUGGUGUUUCCCUAGUUCCGCGUCUCUCACCGUCGCACACAGUAGCAUUCGGCUAUCCACGAGACGGACAGAUCAUUUUAUGAGAUGAUUUGACAGAAGGUCAUUGUGAAUGUUGUCUGUCGGAGGUUUGGGGGCUACCGCUAAAAUCGCCUUGGAACGCGUUCCUGUUUUGUACGGGAAAGGGUACGUCGAUGGUAAAACUACCGUUCUAAUGUUUCCUUCCGAGUGGGCAGCCAAGUUCCCGAAUAUCUUAGUGGAUCCAGUGCGGUUGACCCCGCUCAAGGGCGCUGCUAUAGAUAGGCGGUGCCGGGCGCAGAUUUUUCUUGCGUCGCGCUUGCACGGACAGGAUAAACCAACUUUUCUGGCUGUGUACAGCGGCGGCGGAGCACUCGCUGGCGUGACAACCGGUGCGGAUCCGUGGAGACGGGCAAUCACUCGUUGUUUAGACGAGGAGUUUAACAAUUGGCAGUAUAAUUCUAGUACGUCGACGAGCGUCUUCGCGUCGCAGAGCGGAGCAGUGACGCCAAAUGCGGUGCUAGAGCGAGCACGGAAAGAGGCACUAGAAGGAGUGCUUGCAGAUAGAAGCAGACGACUUGGAGGAUCCGGCCGCGCGCCUCCUGCUUUUCUAAGUCUGCAUCUCUCAGACUCAUGGGUCGCUCGACGCCUGGCUGGCACUAUAACCAAAGUGUUCUUGCGCAAACGACUUGCAGAAUCUUCACAAGAAUGUUCUAGUGCAUCUUCUGACGGGAAAACAGAGAAUAAUAGUAUUCGCGAUGCUUUCAUCGAGGAAGACGCGUACGUGUAUCGCGGGCGUUGGCUGCCUGAAUUGCGAGAACUAUUUCCACGAAAAUCAGAACACAAGGAACUGCCUAGUUUCUUUCUGGUCGACCGGAAAGGCUUCAUUCGCUGGCGAGCAUGUGGCAUACCUGACGAGCGCGCAGAGAACGCUUUAAAAUUGGCGCUCAGAUUGCACAAGAAGGAAUUAUGGGGCUGAACAAAUAUGAGCAGGCUCACUCUUCGGAACAGUUUGUAUAUGUAAAAGUCUGUGUCAUUAAUAACGCCCUUGAUGAGAUGUCGCCUGAAGCAGUGUCAAUCAAAGAAGUUGCGCGAUACUGUUUAGAUAGCUUUCUUAGGUAGAUGGAGCGUUUCAAAGAUCCGUUGUCAGCCAAACGAGUUUUCAAUUUUAUAAUCCUACAUGAUGAUCAUUGAUCAGCAUCUGUGUCAUG